AUGAACAGUGGUACCAGUAACACCAGUAGCACAGGAAACACCAGUGAACAGUGUAACCCCAGUGCCACCAGUAACCUCCGUGUCACCAGUAACCCCAGUGCCACCAGCAGCCGCAGCGCUGUCCCGCCCCCGUUGCCAGGCACAGCUCCGAACGAGCCUUUGUUGCAGGAAGCAGUGGGGCCCGGAGCUGAGAGCAGGGCGGCGAUCGGAACUAUCGCGACAGUGCCGAGAGCUGGCGCCGGGAUCUCGGCCGUGCAGCUUCCGGGCUCCGUGCUUGGGCGGUCCAAGGCUCCUGCCCGCUGGGGCUGGCCGCGGGCAGUUGGGACCUGGGGCUGGCAGCGGGCUGAGCUCCCCAGCAUGGAGCCUCGGAAGGAGCCGGGCGAGAGCCCCCCCGAGACCGAAAUGCAGCAGGAGGACGAGAAGGAGAAAUGCCCCGAGUGCGGGCAGAGCCUCCCGGCCGGCUGGCAGCCAGGGACGCAGCGGUGCCCCCAGCCUGGUACCCAGCAGCGCUUCUUCUGCACCCACUGCGGCCAGAAGCUCUCCAGCUUCCCCCGUCGGCAGCGGGGAGGCACCCAGCCGGGCACCAAGCUGCGGCUGGGCUGCAAGAGCUCUGCCAGCAGCUCUGCUCUCAGCCAGCACUGCCAAACGCAUGCUGGCAAGAAGCAGUUCCUUUGCAGUGACUGCGGCAAGAGCUUCGCCAAGACCUCUUCUCUCCUUGAGCACUGGAACGUCCAUACCGGGGAGAAGCCAUUCUGCUGCGGUGUCUGCGGCAAGAGCUUUGCCUACAGGUCUACCCUAUGGCGGCACCGCCAAAACCAUGCUGGCAAGAAGCAGUUCCCCUGCAGCGAUUGCAGCAAGAGCUUCACCACCAGCAGUGCUCUCCGUGAGCACUGGAACGUCCACACCGGGGAGAAGCCCUAUGGCUGCCGGGUCUGCGGCAAGAGCUUCCGGUACCAAAGCAACUUGACCAAGCACCUGCACAGCUGCAGCCACCAGAAGACGAAGAACAACAGCAAAGCUUCCAAGGAUCACUGCUCCCAGUACCAUCAGGAGGAAGGGCAGCAGGAGGAAGAGCAAGAGCAGCAGGAUGAAGGUGAAGGUAAAGCUGCUGCAGACCCCUCUGUGCCAGCCGAGCAGUGUUCGGAGUGCAGGCAGAGCCUCCCGGCCAGCUGGCACCCAGGGAAGCAGCGGUGCCCCCAGCUUGGCACCCAGCAGUGCUUCAUCUGCACCCACUGCGGCCAGAAGCGCUCCGGCCUCCCCCAGCAGCAUCGGGGAGGCACCCAGCCAGGCACCAAGCCACGGCUGGGCUGCGCUGGGUGCAGCAAGAGCUUUGCGAGCAGCUCUGCUCUCAACUGUCAUUGUCACCUCCACACUGGGGAGAAGCUGCACAGUGGUGGUGACUGUGUCAAGAGCUUCACCAGCAGUAGAACUCUGAUGUGUCACCGUCCUCUCCACACCAGGGAGAAGCCCUACAGGUGUGGUGAGUGUGGCAAGAGCUUCACUAGCAGUUACUACCUUAACUCUCACCGUCGCCUCCACACUGGGGAGAAGCUGCACAGCUGUGGUGAGUGUGGCAAGAGCUUCAUCAGCAGUUACCGCCUUGACUGUCACCGUCGCCUCCACACUGGGGAGAAGCCCUACAGCUGCAGUGACUGUGGCAAGAGCUUUGCCAGCAGCUCUACUCUCUGCUGUCACCAUCGUCUGCACACUGGGGAGAAGCCCUACAGCUGUGGUGAGUGUGGCAAGAGCUUCAACAGCAGUUCCCACCUUAACAGGCACUAUCGCCUCCACAGCGGGGAGAAGCCCUACAGCUGUGGUGAGUGUGGCAAGAGCUUCACCACCAGUUCCCAACUUAAGGGGCACCAUCGCCUCCACACUGGUGAGAAGCCCUACAGCUGUGGUGAGUGCGGCAAGAGCUUUGCCCGCAGAUCUGCUUUCAGCAGUCACCAUCGCCAACACACCGGGGAGAAGCCCUACAGCUGCAGUGACUGCAGCAAGAGCUUUGCCAACUUCUCUUCUCUCAGCUAUCACCGUCGCCUCCACACCGGGGAGAAGCCCUACAGCUGUGGUGACUGCGGCAAGAGCUUUGCCAGCAGCUCUGCUCUCAGCAGUCACUGUCGCCUCCAUACUGGGGAGAAGCCCUACAGCUGUGGUGACUGCGGCAAGAGCUUUGCCCACAGCUGUGAUCUCAGCUAUCACCGUUGUGUCCACUCUGGGGAGAAGCCCUACAGCUGUGGUGAGUGUGGCAAGAGCUUCACCCAGAGCUAUGCUCUGAAACGUCACUGUCGCAUCCACACUGGGGAGAAGCCCUACAGCUGUGAUGACUGCGGCAAGAGCUUUGCCUACAGCUCUGAUCUCAGCAGUCACCGUCGCCUCCACACGGGGGAGAAGCCCUACAGCUGUGGUGAGUGUGGCAAGAGCUUCACCAGCAGUUACUACCUUAACUGUCACCGGCGUCUCCACACUGGGGAGAAGCCCUACAGCUGUGGUGAGUGUGGCAAGAGCUUUGCCCAGAGCUCUGCUCUCAGGCAACACUGCCAAACACAUGGCAGGAAGAAGCAGUUCCCCUGUGGUGACUGUGACAAGAGCUUCACCAACAGCACUGCUCUAAUCCAGCACUGGCACCUCCACACUGGGGAGAAGCCCUAUGGCUGUGGUGAGUGUGGCAAGAGCUUUGCCAGCAGCUCUGCUCUCAGCUGUCACCGUCGCCUCCACACUGGGGAGAAGCCCUAUAGCUGUGGUGACUGCAGCAAGAGCUUCACCCAGAGCUCUGCUCUCAGGAGUCACCGUCGCCUCCACACUGGGGAGAAGCCCUACAGCUGUGGUGAUUGCGGCAAGAGCUUUGCUUAUAGCUCUGCUCUCAGGAGUCACCGUCGCCUCCACACUGGGGAGAAGCCCUACAGCUGUGGUGACUGUGGCAAGAGUUUUGCCCACAGCUGUGCUCUCCGCAGUCACCGUCGUGUUCACACUGGGGAGAAGCCCUACAGCUGCGGUGACUGCGGCAAGAGCUUCACCCAGAUCACUUCUCUCAAACGUCACCGUCGCUUCCACACUGGGGAGAAGCCAUUCCACUGUGGUGACUGUGGCAAGAGCUUUGCCCGCAGCUCUACUCUCCACAGUCACUGCCGUGUCCAUACUAGGGAGAAGCCAUUCCGCUGUGCUGACUGCGGCAAGAGCUUUCCCUACAGCUCUUCCCUCAGUAGUCACCGUUGCCUCCACACUGGGGAGACACCCUACAACUGUGGUGUCUGUGGCAAGAGCUUUGCCUACAGCUCUGGUCUCCGCAGGCACCGUCGCCUCCACACCAGUGAGAAGCUGUAG